AUUUUAACCGCAGAAUGAAAUCGCGUGUUGACGUCAUUCCUCUGCGUCGCGGCGCACCGGCUCUCUCCGCCGCCUCGCUGUGUCAUCGUCGCGCGCUCUCUUCGGCAGCCCAAGUUCUGUUCCGUCUCCCGCUUACUCGCUGCUGUCGCCGCCGGCUGCCUCCCCCAUGGAGUACCUCAUCGGCAUUCAAGGGCCUGACUUCGUGCUGGUGGCCGCCGAUACCGUCGCCGCCUCCAGCAUCGUCCACAUGAAGCGCGAUCAUGACAAGAUGUUCAAGAUGAGUGAAAAGAUCUUGCUUCUCUGUGUUGGGGAGGCGGGUGACACUGUCCAGUUUGCAGAGUACAUCCAGAAAAAUGUCCAGCUCUACAAGAUGAGGAAUGGAUAUGAGUUGUCUCCAACGGCAGCUGCCAAUUUCACACGCCGAAAUCUGGCUGACUAUCUGCGGAGUAGGACUCCUUAUCAUGUCAACCUCCUUCUGGCAGGCCACGAUGAGCAGGAUGGGCCUGCCCUUUACUAUAUGGAUUACCUCGCCUCUUUGGUGAAAGCUCCUUUUGCAGCCCACGGCUACGGAGCAUUCCUGACACUCAGCAUCCUUGACCGCUACUAUAAACCAGGUAUCACCCGUGAAGAAGCGGUGGAGGUUCUCAAGAAAUGUCUCAAGGAGCUUCAGAAACGCUUCAUCCUGAACUUGCCUUCGUUCAAUGCUCGGUUCAUCGAUAAAGACGGCAUCCACGAAGUGACCAACAUACCUCUCCUGAAAUCAGAGGCCUGAAUGCCCAGACUUCCCUCUUCCUGCCUCCCUUUGGCUUUUUAUUUUUGUACAUGCUUGAAAUCCAGAGCUUGUGUACUGCACUUUUGCAAAUACAAAUAAAGACUACUGGUAUGGUU